AUGCCCGACGACAUGAGAGCCGGCGAAGCAGAAGACGACGGGGAGGCUGAGUGGGGGCUGAACGGCGACGACGGCGCCCCCGAACGGUCCCCGGCACAGCGUUGGGCCGGCACUAUCUCCGGCAUCACCAUGGUCGUGACUGCUGCCGUCACCAUACUCUUCGGCCCGGAACUCAAUGCCCAGGAGCACUUUCUCUCUCUCGACCCGCAGGUUCUCAACACCGUGCACUGGGUACUGAACGGUGCCUGGGCCCUGUCCUUUGGGCUGUAUGCCUUCCACGGCCAGUGGGGCGUGCUGGAGCCGCUCCCCAGAAGCUGCCACUGGCUCGGCUCCAUCUCCGUCGUGGCCAUCGCCCUCGCCCUCGACCUCAACAUAACCCAAAGGAUGCCCGUGUCCAGCUACGCCCUGGCCGUUACCAUUGUGGUGGAGUGGGUGUACCGCUGGGUCACCGUCGUCUGCCACGUCGUCGAGGUCGCGGUUGGGGCUGUCGUGGUGGUGCUGCAGACUACGGGGGACAUUGCUGCGGCUGCUGGGGGCGUGGCUGCUGCUGUCGGGGAUCUGAUGACGACUGUUGGCAACAUGGUGGGCGCAGUCGGCCCUCGCUUAGGCGUGCUGGUCAACGUCCACCUCUGA